UUCCAUUCCCCCGACGGAAGAGACUUCUUCUUCCCCUCUCCUUCUCUCGAUCUCCCUCGAUGUCGAGCAACCGCGCCGGCGCGCUCCUCGACUCGGCGCCGCUGCUCGGCGCCGGCGGCGGGGGGCACCGCCGGGGCAACGCGCUCCGCCGGCCGUCGCUCCGCGGCGCGGCGCGCCUGCUGCGCCGCAGCGGGCGGCGGGCGAUGCGCGAGCCGUCGAUGCUCGUGCGCGAGGCGGCGGCCGAGCACCUCGAGGAGCGGCAGGCGGACUGGGCCUACUCCCGCCCCGUCGUCGCGCUCGAUCUCCUCUGGAACGUCUCCUUCAUCACCGUCGCCGCCGUCGUGCUCGUGCUCAGCCGCGACGAGAGCCCCCCCAUGCCGCUCCGGACCUGGGUCGUCGGCUACGCCCUGCAGUGCGUCGUCCACAUGGUCUGCGUCGCCGUCGAGUACCGGAUGCGCCACGCCCGGCGCGGCGGCGGGGCCGCCGCCGCGGUGCCCGCCGACGAAGGGAGGGGCAGCGACGGCUCCUCCUCGUCCAGCGACGAGGAUGCCAGCGAGCACAACCUUCGUGGUCGCGGCACCGAUUACGUCAGUAUUGCAAAGCAUCUGGAGUCCGCAAAUACAAUGUUCUCCUUCAUAUGGUGGAUAAUUGGAUUCUACUGGAUAUCUGCUGGGGCUGAAGAUGUUAUCCGUGAUGCACCUCAACUUUACUGGCUUUGCAUAGUCUUUCUGGCGUUUGAUGUGUUCUUUGUUGUAUUCUGUGUUGCCCUGGCUUGCAUUAUUGGUAUCGCUGUUUGUUGCUGCCUCCCUUGCAUUAUAGCGAUUCUAUAUGCCGUCUCUGACCAGGAAGGGGCAUCUGAAGAUGACAUUCGUCAAAUUCCGAAGUACAAAUUCCGUAGGGUGGAUGAACCUGAAAAGGAUUCCGUUGAUACCCCCGAGUCUUCUGGUGGAAUAAUGACAGAGUGUGGCACCAACCAACCUAUUGAGAAAGCACUUGCAGCGGAAGAUGCAGAGUGCUGUAUUUGCAUUUCAGCAUAUGAUGAUGGUGCAGAGUUGCGUGAACUGCCUUGUGGCCACCACUUCCACUGCACCUGCAUCGACAAGUGGCUGCACAUCAACGCAACAUGCCCUCUGUGCAAGUUCAGUAUCCGGAAAAGCGGCAGUAGCAGCGGAAGUGAAGAAGUGUAAAUGUACUCCACUUGAUUGCCAUCUCUUUCGACUUCACACCUGAGUCUCCGCUGAUGUGGUGUACAUUUUUGUAUCCUAAAUGUGCUAAUAGCAAUGUCUUAAAAAUGACUACAGUGAUGUUCAUAUUACAAAAAAUUAGUUAUUGUGUGUAUCUCUACAGUCCGGAGUAUAUGCCUAGUUGCCCAGUGAGCUGUACAAUUGUA